GAGGAGGAGGAGGACAACCUGUGGAGCAGUCUCGUGUCUUCUGGUUCCCAGGGUCUGAGUGAGUCCAUCACACCAGCUCAUUACCUUCUCAACUGACAAAAAGCUGUGUUACUUUCCUCGCAAAUGGAGUGAGAGACUACAGUUGCCAGCAGUGGGUUGCAGAAGUUUGAAAAGUCCUGGGCUUUACAGGUGAACCUUACUUUCCAGUCAACAUCUGAAGAGGAUUGUUAAUUCUGGACUACUAAAGCAUCCGGACACGGCAUAGGCAUAUUGCUGGAGCCAACUGAAGCACCCAGGACUAAAAUGGGCAUUUCAUAAAUGUGCAAAAUAGUUGCCACACACUUUUUCAAACAGGAGACAGAGUUUUGCUCCUCGCCAUGGGGAUUCAGAGAUUUGUGUGCCUGAGCUGGCUGGUAUUUCUCUCAGUCCCAGAGAGUUCUGUUGCCACGCUGUAUUUGAAAUUGCCUCACAGGAAUUCGAGCUCAUUGCAUGAGGCUGACCCAUUUGACACUACAGAAUCGGGGCGAGACGAGAGGUUGCAUGUUUUCACUGUGGAUUAUGAAUACGUCCAAAUACCAUAUGAGGUCACCCUUUGGAUACUCCUGGCUUCCCUUGCAAAAAUAGGUGAGUGAAAAUUCUUUUGUGAAUUCCAGAUGGGAGCUUAAUUUUGUAAGUGGUGAUUCAUUUAUUGCAAAUGAGCAACGGGUUUUGCUUUUGUUUUUAAACUUGUCAUGUGGGCACUGCAAAAAAAAUGAAAAAAAAAGGUGUGUUAAUGCAGAGCAUCCAACUCACAAUAUAAGCCUCUGGGGAGCUCCUUUACUAUAUUUGCUACAAAUUAGAGAAGCAAUCCAGCAAUAAAAUUACCAUCAAAAUCACACAUAAAAUUCGUCAUCAAGCAAACAACUGAGGUGCUUCCAGACAGGAGCUUAUCAUUGCAAAUGCAACAUUUAGAUGGAACAAAUGAGUUGUUGGCAACAUGUUUUUAGAUUGAAACUCAUUGGAUUUCUCUUCAGAAAGCAUGAGUUAAGUGGGAGGGGGAUGCAGGCUUGCAUUUUGAUGCGAACAACCUUGUGUGGAUGCUGUGGAAAGGCUUCGUGCAUGAGGAGCACUGUUGCUACCAUAAACAGAGAUUCGGUAGCAUCCUUAGUGAGAUGGUUUUGGUCACUGACAUCCACAGUGUGUUUAUUCCUGGUGAUGUGUGAUGGUGGUAGGAACUGAUACAUUUGUUGUUUUAAGUGGAUGAAUCUGUUGUGCUUAUACCCCAGCCUGGGAUCAGUUUCAAUGAAGCAGGCUUUAGAAAUAUUUUGAACAAAUAAAAAAAAGCACUUCUAAAUUCCACAGAUACCAGUGAGCGAGUUCAGCGAGUGCUUAAAUUUGACCUGACUCUGUUGAAACAAUUCUGGUCAUUGUAACCACAUUUUGGUUGCUCAGAAAUGGUGAAGGCUUUGCACUUAGCCAAUAUAUGAGAUGAGGGACAGCUAGCACUGUAGGAUUUCUUUUUCACACUCUUAUCUUUAUUGCUGUGCUUUGUUUUGUAAAUAUUUUUUAUUUUAUUUAAGCAUUGAUGGAAGGAAGUCAUAUUUUAGUUUAAAAUUUGUUAUAAGUGUAAGUCAAGGUGGUGGGUGGGAAAGGGAGGGAUGUUUGGUUUGAUCUGUGAAAUUUUUUUUUUUAUUUCUGUAUUUUUUUUAUUUUUUACUCUUCUUUUUUCUGUAUUUUCUGGUACACUGGUACCUCGGGUUAAGUACUUAAUUCAUUCUGGAGGUCUGUUCUUAACCCGAAACUGUUCUUAACCUGAAGCACCACUUUAGCUAAUGGGGCCUCCUGCUGCCGCCGCUCCACCGGAGCACGAUUUCUGUUCUCAUCCUGAAGCAAAGUUCUUAACCUGAGGUACUAUUUCUGGGUUAGCAGAGUCUGUAACCUGAAUCGUAUGUAACCUGAAGCAUAUGUAACCCAAGGUACCACUGUAUUUGGAAAAUUAAUAAUUUUUUUUAAAAGGAUUUCUUUUUCAAAAUCAACACUGCUGUGAUUAUUUCCCUGUUGUUGUUUUAUUCUUAUUCAAGGAUUCCACCUCUACCAUAAACUGCCGCACUUUAUGCCAGAAAGCUGCCUGCACAUUGCCAUGGGCGUCUUGGUUGGCGGGAUUAUUUUUGCCACUGAUCAUAAAUCGCCCCCAGUCAUGACCACAAGCAUUUAUUUCCUGUAUCUGCUCCCGCCCAUUAUCCUGGAGGGAGGCUAUUUUAUGCCUACUCGUCCCUUUUUCGAAAACUUUGGGUCCAUUCUCUGGUGGUCUUCCAUGGGGUCUCUCAUCAACGCCUUCGGCAUUGGCGUCUCGCUUUACGGCAUCUGCCGGAUCGCAACCUUCGGCCUCGAGGACGUCAACCUACUUGACAGCCUGCUGUUUGGCAGCAUAAUCUCGGCUGUGGAUCCUACGGCUGUCUUGGCCGUGUUUGAGGAGAUGUCUGUGAACGAACAGCUUUACAUGAUGAUCUUCGGAGAGUCUUUGCUGAACGAUGGGAUCACUGUGGUAAGUACAUUGCAACGCUUGUAGAAAUGGGAAAUUUUGGGGGCGGGGUGGAGCGGGAGGCUACGUAAUUUUAUUUUAAUGAGUUUAUCCUACCCUUCCUCUAAGGAGGUCAAGGAAGAAGGGGUGUGGCAGAUGCUGUUGUGGUUGCUCGAGAGUAAUAAUAAUAAUAAUAAUAAUUUAUUAUUUAUACCCCGCCCAUCUGGCUGAGUCUCCCCAGCCACUCUGGGCGGCUCCCAAUCAAGUGUUAAAAACAGUACAGCGUUAAAUAUUAAAAACUUCCCUGAACAGGGCUGCCUUCAGAUGUCUUUUAAAGAUAGGAUAGCUGCUUAUUUCCUUCACAUCUGAAGGGAGGGUGUUCCACAGGGUGGGCGCCACCACUGAGAAGGCCUUCUGUCUGGUUCCCUGUAACCUCACUUCUCACAAUGAGGGAACCGCCAGAAGGCCCUUGGCGCUGGAUCUCAGGGCCUUGGCGCUGGAUCUCAGGGCUGAACAAUGGGGGUGGAGACGCUCCUUCAGGUAUACAGGACCGAGGCCAUUUAGGGCUUUAAAGGUCAGCACCAACACUUUGAAUUGUGCUCGGAAAUGUACUGGGAGCCAAUGCAGAUCUAUCAGAACCGGUGUUAUGUGGUCCCGGCGGCCACUCCCAGUCACCAGUCUAGCUGCCGCAUUCUGGAUUAAUUGCAGUUUCUGGGUCACCUUCAAAGGUAGCCCCACGUAGAGCGCAUUGCAGUAGUCCAAGCGGGAGUAACCAGGCAGGACUCUGGCCUGUCUUUUACAGGCUUUAUUUUGGUGCAAACUAUUUACAGGGAAGAGCGUCACAAGUUCAUGUCUGGCUCAAUUGCUAGCAGAAUCCGGGAGUGGUCUGUUCAUGUACCUCCCCCAACAUAAAAGUUUUGUCACCCCCAGCCUUUUCCGCCCCUUCCUGCACCUCAAACUACUGCGCAUGAUGGGCAAGGGCGUGCCUCCCUCCUCUCUGGCUUGCUCAGGCGCGGUGUGAAGGCUCUUUCUAGCAUCCUCUGGUCCUUGCACCUCUUCUCCACUGGAAGUGGGACUUUCCUCCUCGCCCGAAGAGGAACUGCUUGGCAAGAUUUUUGGAGGCUCCCUGUAACACAAUUCCCCCUCUAUCUCUCACUUCUGCGCCGAUGGCAGUUCCCUGACAGGUUGCCAAAUCACGGGGGCUGAGCUCUUCACCCACUCUCUAGCAGUUGGUACAAGCUGCCCAAGGGAGGAGGCUGGCAGUGGCGGUCAUGGAGAGACAACAAGAUGCUUCCUCUUGGCCCAAGCUGCAGUCUCUCAGGACAAGUGUCGGCUCACCCUGAGCUUGGCGGUAGUGGCACUGGCAGGGGAAAUAGGGACAUUCCGGGAUCAAAUCAGAAGCUGAGAUAGCUUUCAUAAUUCUGCAACUGUCCCUGGAAAAUCAGGACAUUUGAAGGGUAUUUUAUUCAUUCAUUUAUUGAUUGAUUUUAUAUACUGGAGGUCUCAGGGCGUUUCACAGGAAAGAUCACAACAUAUAAAACCAAAAUAAGAACAAUAACCCAAUAACACCCCCCCCCAAAGAGCCACAUUUUAAAAAGGUAUAGGAUGUCCAUCAGGUCAACCAAAGGCCUGGUUAAAAAGGAACGUUUUUGCCUGGUGCCUAAAGGUGUAUAAUGAAGGUGCCAAGCAAACUUCCUUGGGGAGAGCAUUCCACAGAUGGGGAGCCACUGCAGAGAAGGCCCAUUCUUGUGUUGUCACCCUCCAAACCUCUUGAGGAGGGGGCACACGAAGGAGGGCCUCAGAAGGUGAUCUCAGGGUCCAGGUAGGUUCAUAUGGAAAGAAGCAGUCCUUGAGGGUAUGAGUUUGCCUGGCCACAUUGUGUGAUGGCCAGUGCCUGUGUGGUUUGUUCCAAAGUCACUGUGAAUGAGGCUGCCUAGGCCUAUGCACACCAUGCAUUUAAUUGCACACAAGCCCCUAGAAUCCUGCGAACUGUACAGUGGUACCUCGGGUUAAGUACUUAAUUCGUUCCGGAGGUCCGUUCUUAACCUGAAACUGUUCUUAACCUGAAGCACCACUUUAGCUAAUGGGGCCUCCUGCUGCUGCCGCACCGCCAGAGCAUGAAUUCUGUUCUUAUCCUGAAGCAAAGUUCUUAACCUGAAGCACUAUUUCUGGGUUAGCGGAGUCUGUAACUUGAAGAGUAUGUAACCUGAAGCGUAUGUAACCCGAGGUACCACUGUAGUUUGUUUAAGGUGCUGGGAAUUGGGGUUCUGUGUGGGUGUAAAUGACAGUUCCCAUGAUUCUUGGGGGGUGAGGAGGAGUUUGCUUUAAGUGGGUUUGAAUGUGUGGUAUGUACAGGUGACGAUGGUAAUAUUCAUCUUUGAAUAACCAUAUGAACCUGUUUUGUUUUGCUUUUUCCCCACUCAGGUCUUAUACAACAUCCUCAUUGACUUUACCCGCAUGCAUAAAUAUGAAGAGAUUGAACCUGUGGACAUUCUGGCUGGAUUUGCUCGCUUUUUUGUCGUGAGUCUCGGUGGGCUGCUCUUCGGCGUUGUCUUUGGGUUUGUGGCAGCCUUCAUGACUCGUUUCACGCAGAACAUUUCUGCCAUCGAACCUCUCCUGGUCUUCAUGUUCAGCUAUCUGUCAUACUUAGCUGCAGAAACACUGUACAUCUCGGGCAUCUUGGCGUAAGUACGGCAGCAAGUUCUGUUUAUUUUCACACCAGCCACCAUUGGCUCAAAACGAUUCCCUCUCCCAUCUUUUAUACUCUUGGCUAAUUGACUCAAGUGAUAAGAAACAAUGUUCAAAUAACAAGGGAGCUUAAGGAAGUAUGCAACAAGCAAUAUAAACAGCAGUUCUGCUAUAAUUUUUUGCUUGUAUUUAAGAGCAAUGAGCUCAGCACAUCAUACUGCUUUGUAUGUUUGCUAAGUGUUGUAGAUGUUAAGGCUAGUACACUUCUGGGGCAUAUUUUCAAAAUGGGUUGGUUUUUAUUGCCAGUGUAGAUUUAAUUUGGCACUCGAUGAACCCAAGUUACCCUAAACAAUUUUUUGAAAUGCUGCGGAAUACUAAAGAGUAUUUUGAAUUGCACAUUCAAAGAUGGACCUGCAACAAAUAGUUCAGGUUUAUAACCAACCUGCCAUUAGGGUUGCAGAAAACUCUUCAAUUUUGUUCACAUUUUAAUGUGAAAAUGCCUGAUUUGCAGUUUAUUGUUUUUAAAAAAUAAUAAAUUUUUAUUAACUUUCUUUUGUAUUUUAACAAACAUCUCAUAUCAGUAACAUACAUGUUACAAAUCUUCAUCCCCUUUCCUCCCGGGCUUCCCCCAGCUCCCAUUUCUUGUUUGUUACCCCCUUAUCAUAUACUGCUGUUUCAACCAAUCCAUCAUAUAGUUUCUUCUUUGUUUUAAAUGCUCUAUAUAAAAAAAAAGUGUGUGUGUUUAUUUAAAUCCUGCCAUCAAGUCAAUGUUCUUUUUUUUGUUUUUGUUUCUGCAAAUAUAAUUUAAAAGGUUCUCACUCUUUUUCAAAGUCACUGUUGUCCUUUUCUCAUAGUCUAUCUGACAAUUUUGCCAUUUCUGCGUAGUUCAUCAAUUUCUCUUGCCAUUGUUCUUUUGUUGGAAUUUCUCCAGUCUUCCAGUUUUGUGCUACCAAAAUUCUCGCUGCCGUAGUAGCAUACAUAAAUAAUGUCCUCUUCUCUUUCGGCAGAUCUUGACCUAAAAUACCUAACGGGAAAGCUUUUGGUUGUUUAACAAAUGUUAUUUUCAUUUGUUAUUUUCAUAUGUAUAUCAUUUCAUAUCAUCAGAAGAAGAUUCUAAUAGAAAACUGUUAAAAAUAGCAAUCUCCCAAAGAUAACAGAGGAACAAAGGAGGAUUUUAAAUGUAGAAAUAUCAUCCCAAGAAAUUAUAGAAGCAAUAAAAAAAGCAAAGGCAGGGAAAUCUCCAGGGCCAAAUGGAAUAACAGCCAAAUACUAUAAAAAACUGAGUGACCAGUUUGUGAACCCUUUGAGGGAAAUGAUGAAGGAAGUUUUAAAAACAGGUGAAGUUCCAGAAACAUGGAAAGAGGCCUACAUAACUUUGAUACCAAAACAAGAUGCAGAUGUAACAUUGGUGACGAAUUAUAGGCCUAUAUCAUUAUUAAAUAAUGAUUAUAAAUUAUUUGCAUUUGUUUUGGCAAACAGAUUGAAAAUUUUUAAAAAGAUUUUAUCCAUCAUGAUCAAUCUGGAUUCCUUCCAGGUAGACAAAUUAAAGAUAACAUUAGAAAUGUAUUAAACAUUAUAGAAUACCUGGAAGUGAGAAAUGAGAAGAAAGUAGCGCUGAUGUUUAUAGAUGCACAGAAAGCAUUUUACAAUAUUUCUUGGGACUUCAUGAAGAAAGUGAUGGAAGAAAUGGGAUUUGGAACAAAUUUUAAUGGGGCAUACAGGCUGUUUACUCGGUACAAAAUGCAAAAAUAAUUGUCAGUUGGGUGGUAACAAAUAGAUGUAACAUUCAGAAAGGAACAAGACAAGGAUGUCUGUUAUCACUGCUGUUUUUUAUUCUGGUACUGGAAGUACUGACAAGGAAAGUAAGAGAAAAUAAAGAAAUAUUGGAAAUAAAAGUAAAAAGAAGUGAGCAUAAAUUGAAAGCCUUUGCGGAUGAUCUGGUAAUCAUUGUGGAAGAUCCGAAAAUCUCCCUCCCAAAAGUAAUGUACAUAAGACAAGAGUUUGGACAAGUGGCAGGAUUUAAAUUAAACAAAAAUAAGACCAAAUUGCUAUUAAGAAACCUUAAGGAACAUGAGAGGAAAGAAGUAAGAGAAAUGAUAGGAAUAGAAGCAUAUAAAAAGAUAAAAUUUUUGGGUGUAUGGAUAACAGCAAAAAAACAUAAACAUAUAUAAGGACAAUUAUGAAAAAAAUGUGGCAUGAGGUAAAAAGAAAUAUGGAAAUAUGAAAUAGAAUGAACGUCUCUUUAUUGGGAAGAAUCGCUGCAAUAAAAAUGAAUGUACUUCCAAGGAUGUUAUUCCUCUUUCAAACAAUUCCAGUAAUAACAGGGAAUGCAUGCUUCAAAGAGUGGAAAAGAGAGAUUUCAAGAUUUAUCUGGAGUGGGAAAAGGCCAAGGAUAAAAAAAUAAGAUUCUUACAGAUGUGAAAGAAAGAGGCGGAUUCUCACUUCCAGAUUUAGAAUUGCACUAUGAAGCUGCAUCCCUUACAUGGAUCCGAGAUUGGAUCAAGUUAGAUAAGGAGGAAAUAACAGAACUGGAAGGACAUGACAAUAGGUUUGGAUGGCAUGCCUACCUAUGGUAUGGAAAAGCAAAAAUACCUAAAGGGUUUCAUAACCAUAUAAUAAGGAAAUCAUUGUUUAAAGUGUGGGGGGAAAUAUAAAGAACUAUUAGAACCUAAGGCACUUUGGUCGUUAUCACCUAUUGAUGCACUAUUACUUAAAACACUGGAAAGAAAGGGAGAAUGGCCAACAUAUGGAGAACUAUUGGUAGAAUAGGAGGGGAAACUAAAACUGAAAGAAUAUGAAGAAAUUAAAGAACAUCUUCAAAGCUGGUUGCACCACAGACAACUAAAGGAUGUUUUUAAAGAGAACAAUAAAAGAGGUUAUUCAUAUUCAGUUUCCAAAUUCCAAAAGGAAGUGAUAGAAGAAAACUCUAAAUUGUUAAAAAAGGCAUAUAAUAUCCUUUUGGAAUGGGAAACCAAGGAUGAAGAAGUAAAGUCAGUGAUAAUAAAAUGGGCACAAGAUAUAGGUCACAAUAUACAAUUCGAAGAUUGGAUAAAGUUGUGGAAAGUAAAUUUGAAAUUUACGGACUGUAUAUUGUUGAGAGAGAAUUAUAUGAAGGUGAUAUAUAGAUGGUAUGUAUCACUGGUCAAACUAGCAAAAAUGUACAAAAAUGAACAGAAGAAGUAUUGGAGAUGUGAAGCUGAAGGUACUUUUUACCAUAUGUGGUGGAAUUGUAAAAAUGUAAAAACAUAUUGGGAUUUGCAGUUUAUUGAACUAAUGCACAGACUGAAACAUAAUUGUAUCUUAUUAGGGGGAAAGGAAUGAAUGUUUAUUAUCAUGGCCAAACAGCCAGCAUACUAAAACCAGAAUUAGGGGGAAAUACACAUUAAAAUGGCAUAGUAGGGGAAAUUGCCUGCAAAAAUGUGUAGAUUGGUCAAAACUGUAUACAAAAAUGUGUUGUUUUUUGGGGGGGGAUGUCAUACUAAAUUCUGACAAAUUCUUGUGAGAAAUUGUUGCAGAAGUUUCGAGAAGUGACUUUAAGGUCGGAAAUAGGAAAAUGUUUGAGUACUGGAACUAACAGGUCUGUCCAUCUUGAUGUGUCGUGCCUUUCUUUCAGGUGCUAUAAGCUGUAAUUAGCUGAAGCAGGGCUGUAAAAGCUACUUCCAGGGACGCAGGUGGCGUUGUGGGUUAAACCACAGAGCCUAAGACUUGCCAAUCAGAAGGUUGGCAGUUCGAAUCCCCACGACAGGGUGAGCUCCCGUUGCUCGCUCCCAGCUUCUGCCAACCUAGCAGUUCGAAAGCACAUCAAAGUGCAAGUAGAUAAAUAGGUACCACUCCAGUGGGAAGGUAAACGGCGUUUCCAUGCGCUGCUCUUGUUCGCCAGAAGCGGCUUAGUCAUGCUGGCCACAUGACCUGGAAGCUGUAAACCGGCUCCCUCGGCCAAUAAAGCGAGAUGAGCGCCGCAACCCCACGACUGGACCUAACGGUCAGGGGUCCCUUUACCUUUAAAAGCCACUUCCAGGUAGUGGAGAGCCUGGGGGUUCCUUCUAAAUGUUGCUGGAUCCCUACCCUCACCAGCCCCAGCCAGCAUGGCCAAUGGUCAGGGCUGAUGAGAGUCGAAUUCCUCCUGUAUCUGGGAAGAAAUGAGCUCCUCAUCCAUGACGGAUAAACAAUACUGAGCCAAAUGACCACAAAAGACGUCUCGAGGUGAUUGUGAGAAUAACCAUCCCUUCAGUGGGAAGUCUUUCUUUCUUUCUUUCUUUCUUUCUUUCUUUCUUUCUUUCUUUCUUUCCUUCCUUCCUUCCUUCCUUCCUUCCUUCCUUCCUUCCUUCCUUCCUUCCUUUGCUGUUUCCAACGGCUCAUGCUUCCUUCCCUUUGUGAGCCAACAGGAUAACGGCCUGCGCAGUGACCAUGAAGAAAUACGUGGAGGCCAACGUUUCCCAGAAUUCCUACACGACGAUAAAAUACUUCAUGAAAAUGCUGAGCAGCGUCAGCGAGACCCUGAUCUUUGUGUUCAUGGGAGUGUCUACGGUCAGGCGGAACCACGAGUGGAACUGGGCUUUUGUUUGCUUCACGCUGGUCUUCUGUGUGGUUUGGCGGGCACUAAGUAAGAAACAAAUGCUUUAAUAAUCGAACUAAACCAGGUGGAUGAAAGGCCUUGCGUCACUGAAAGCAUCGUUCAGUGCAGAGAAAGGCUAGGAAGUUCAGAGCUGACUGGUAUAACCAGUUUAGCAAAGACUGUUCUGCAGGUGUGUUGUGUUCGACGGGUCAGGUCACUUCAUACAAAACUGAACUUUGCUGAGAGAAAGAAUUACCUAUAGAAAAGCAACCCUGGAUAUAUUGUUGAAGGAAAUUAUACCACAAGUUUAAUUACAGUGGUGCCCCGCAAGACGAAUGCCUCGCAAGACGGAAAAACCGCUAGACGAAAGGGUUUUCCGUUUUGAAGUUGCUUCGCAGGACGAAUUCCCCUAUGGGCUUGCUUCGCAAGACGAAAAUACCUUGCGAGUCUAGAAUUUUUUUUUUUGCUUUCCCCCCCCUUUAUCUAAUCUGCUAAGCCUUUAAUAGCCUUUAAUAGCCUUUUAGCAGCUAAUCCCUAAGCCUUUAAGCCUUUAAUAGCCGCUAAACCGCUAAUAGCGCUAAUAGCACUAAUCCGUCAAUGGGCUUGCUUCGCAAGACGAAAAAACCGCUAGACGAAGACUCUCGCGGAACGGAUUAAUUUCGUCUUGCGAGGCACCACUGUACUUUUCAUCGUCAUUCAGGCAACCAUUUGCAUAUAAGCCACUUACUGAUAAAAAUCUUAGCACUUUUGACAUUUUUUAAAAGCACUUCCAGGACAAUUGGGGAGGCUGGUUUAUAUCCUACCUUUAUAUCCAACCUUAAUUAGCAUUAAAACAUGUCAAAUUCUAGCAGUGUAGGUAGUUUAGAAGGUUGUGUUUCUCCCUCACAAGAUAAAAUGGUGAUCAUCUGUUGAUGAUAACAGGCCUUUUCAUCUUUUAUUUGAAUGUGUUAAGGAUGGAAGGAGUGAGAUUGCAUGUGCCAUCCCUACUCCUCCCCUCCACACAUUUAUUUGGAAAUUUGGAACAGAGCCUGUGGCUGUACAGUUGCAUGGAUAUCUAGGGAACCCUGAAGCAGAAGGAUUUGCAGUUGUACACCAAGACACCCCCCCUCUCUUCUGAUCUCCAAACAAACACAUAGAGGUCAGGAUAGAAGACCAUAUGGCCUCAUUUCCCCAUGAGGACAGUGUGCAUCAACAUCUCCCCGUUGUUCUAAAAAUGUGCAGCAAGACUGUCAUAUUUUUCCAUUUUUGGUAACUACUUUUUCAUAACACCCCCCCCCCCCCGAUUUCUUUCUUCUCCAUGCUUAAUACAAUUUUAUAUCAUCUCAGUAUCAGGGUUGUUGAAGUGAUGGUCUCUUGUUAAUUCCUUUAGAGAUUUAUUUUCCACUGUUUAUAAAUGAAAUGGCCAAUCUGUCAAUAUAGGAGGAGAACUACAUGCCAGUCUACACAUGUAAAUGGCUGUACUGUACAUGUAAAUGCUAGUUGUGUAUGCAUCCCAUACUGAUGUAUCCUCAACCUCCAAUCAUGAUGCCCAGAGUUCUUCAAGAUCCCUAGCUAUCUCACAGGACUACAAUUCUCAGAGUAUGUGAUGUGUGUGGAUUUAAUCGGGCACAAGUUUAUGUAUCAGUCUUCCCCACUGCGGUGGCUCCUAGAUUAUGUUGGAUUACAUUGUUCAAGACCCUGGGCUUUGCUAGCAAGGGCUGGUGGGAGUUGUAGUCCAUCAACAUCUGGAGAGCUCUACAUUGGUGGAGGCUGUUAUUGACAAUAUUAUAGAGAUGUUUUGAACAUGGACUUCCUACAUUUCAGCUGCUACAAUGCAAUAGAACACACUUGAUUUGGGGGGUGGCCUGUAUGAAAGCACAAGUUUGCAUCCUGGUUUGGUGGAAGUUUCCAUUCUGUUACUUCUCUUUGUUAGUUUUAAUUUUUUUUCUUCGUUCCUUAGGUGUGCUUUUCUUGUUCUGCAUCAUCAACAAGUUCCGGACUCACAGAUUCACUCUUAAAGAUCAACUCAUUAUCAUCUACAGUGGCUUGCGAGGGGCCAGCAGUUUCUCCCUGGCAUUCUUGCUGUCUGCAUCUCUCUUUCCUAGAAAGAAGAUGUUUAUAACGUCUACUAUUGUGGUUACAUAUUUUACUGUCUUCAUCCAGGUAAGAAGAUGAGUUAUCUGCCAUAUCAUGGUAUUAGUGCUGACAGGGCUGUCUCUAAGGAGGUGUGGAGCUCAGGCCAACUCAAACUGUCUUGAGACCUUCACUUCCUCAUCCCCCUGCCUUUGGUGAGAGAAGGGACGCUUUCACUCUUCCUUCACAUGAUAGUCCAGAUGGGAAGAGAGGUGCUGUCCAAUUUGGCAGUCUCAGUUCAAUAAAGAUUAAGCAUGCUUCACAAUUUCAUGGGGAAAUGAAUAUUGUAUCAAAAGUUAACUCGCUUUCUUUGUUCCAAAUGAAGGGAAUCACCAUUAGACCACUUGUCAAGUACCUGGAUGUUAAGAAGACCAAUAAAAAAGAGUCUGUCAAUGAGGAAAUUCACAUACGAGUAAGAUGAAGUUUUAAAUUUAUCUUAAAAUUUAUAAUUUUAAUUGAAUGCUGGAGAACUAUUUGUCCAUGGUUUAUUCUGUCUGGGAGUAGGUUUCCAGAGUCCUAGGCAAAGAUAUUUCACAUUGCCUCCUUUCAAUUGAUCCUUUUUAAAUGGGAGGUUCUGGGGUGGUAUUACUCAGAGUAAACCCACUGAAUUUAAUUGACCUUACUUAGUCAUGUUGCUUGAUUCCAAUGGGUCUACUCUGAUUGAAACUUAGUUGAUUAUCACCUCAGGAUUCAAACCUGGGAGCCUGCAUGCUGUCUAAGCAUGUGCUCUGCUACUGUUAUAAGCCUUCCACCUUAAAAUGUGUUGGACCUUAAUAAACUGGGAAAGAGUCAUAGCUCAGGUGUGAAGCAUGCAGAAGGUCAUGGGUUCAGUCCCAUCAUUUCUAAGUAGGGCUGUGGUUUGUGUUAAAGCUGCAGUCCUAUGCAUGGGAUUAAGCUCCACUGAGCCCCAUGUUAGGGAUGGGGCAUCAGUUCUAUUCAGUUCACAUUACUAGGCAAAUCUACAUAAUUUUCAGUUUCUGAAACCAGCUAUGAACCGAAACAUAGCCACCUUCUGAAAUUUCCACUUCUCCCAAUUUUGGAAUGCAGUUCUCCAGCCAAGCAAUGUGUACAAGAAUGAAUAUUUUAGGGUCAACAUGCACUAAAAUGCACAUAGUGGUGAAAAUAAAAAAAGCAAAAAUGCAUUAUAACUGGGCAAAUUGCUUUGUAAAAAUGUGUACAGUGAUACCUCAGGUUACAUAUGCUUCAGGUUACAUACGCUUCAGGUUACAGACUCCGCUAACCCAGAAAUACUGCUUCAGGUUAAGAACUUUGCUUCAGGAUGAGAACAGAAAUCGUGCUCCGGCGGCGCGACGGCAGCAGGAGGCCCCAUUAGCUAAAGUGGUGCUUCAGGUUAAGAACAGUUUCAGGUUAAGAACGGACCUCCAAAACAAAUUAAGUACUUAACCCGAGGUACCACUGUAUAGUAAUCAAAUUCUCAAACAGAAUACGUAUGGUAGGAGAAGUUAGCACUCAAAUGGUGGUGAAUUUUCACAAUGACUUCUUAAAGAAAGCACUUGUAAACAGAUGUCGAAAUGUGGAGAGCUAGAGUUAAGACUGGAAAACUAGGAAACUGAGAGAAACUGAAAUUGACACAUUCACCCAUCCCUACUCCUACGUAAUUACAUAUACCUAGCUAUGACAUUUGUUAGAUUAGGAAGUGGAAUUAUUUUUAUCGCCACCUGGGACAAUUAGAAUCAGUCUUCUGACAUCUUCUGUCAGGAUGGCAUAACUUGAUGCUUGAAGAAUCCUGCCUUUGGGCAGAAGAACUUUCUGGUAGUUCUUAAUGGUGGUGGUGCUGUGUUAGUUCUGUGCCAUAGCUCAGUGGUAAGCACCUGUUUUGAAUGCACAACGCCCUAGGUUAAAUCCAUGACCUCUCAAGGAAGGGCCAAGAUGUUCCCUGACUGAAAUCCAGGAGAGCCACUUCCAGUCAGUGUGGACAGUACAGAGCUUAGAUGAGCCAAUGGUCUGGCUCGGUUUUUUUUUUGUAUUCUAGAUUAUGGCUGUUCAAAAUUGUGUUGUCAUCUUCUUUGCACAUAAACAUUGUUACAGCAGCAAUGGCUUUAAAACGUUGUUCACACCUUUCUCCAACUUCCUGUGUGUCUGCAGCUGAUGGACCAUUUAAAGGCGGGAAUUGAAGAUAUAUGCGGACAAUGGAGUCAUUAUCAACUGAGAGACAAGUAAGAUUGUGUCUGUCACAGUCAGGUAAAAGAAAAUAACUGAAAGUGUUACUCUAAUAAUAGUAAAAUGGACCAGACUGAAAAUACUCUACGGUUGUUGACUUCCACUUCUUUGUGUUCUCUUUGGCUUCGCACUAUAAGUCUGAGAGCCAGACUUACUUCUCAUUGAAUUUAUUACAGUCAUACCUCAUGUUAAGUUCUUUCAGGUUACGUCCCGCGGUGACCCGGAAGUACCGGAAAGGGUUACUUCCGGGGUUCGCCACUCGCGCAUGUGCAGAAGCGCAGAAUGACAUCACGUGCAUGUGCAGAAGCAGCGAAUUGCAACCUGUGCAUGUGCAGAUGCACUGCUGUGGGUUGCGCUCUUUUCAUGUUGCGAAUGGGCCUCCAGAAUGGACUCCGUUCGGAACCAGAGAUACCACUGUACUGAGGUGCUGUGCUUAGCCCUAUUCACACAACCAGUGCACAACUGGGUCCUCUGCUUCUGGCUUGCAUGUGUUCAUCUGAGCUUCUUUUCAUGCAAUGUUUAAAAAAGGAAAUGGGGACUGGGGAUAAAAAUACGGCAUACAUCAGUGGCAAUGCUUGACGGUGGUAGCAUGGCGAAUUCUGAAAUGUUAAGAAAAGUGUGUGUGGCACAUGCACACAAUGUAUGUGAGUGUGUCCCUUGCCAAUCUCAGCCAGCGUUUGCAGGCUUCUUCCAGAGCACCUUCGGUACAUCACAUCUUGACCAUUUGCUUAUGGUUUAGUGGUGUAUUUGCCAAGAUAGCAAAUGGUAGCAGUGGCGCUAGCAGAUGAAGUGUGCAUAGCAUUGCAACCUCAGUCUCUCUGUUCCCUGCUAAAAGAAAAGGGUAAGCAAUGCUGAUUGGAGCUAAGGCAGCCUGUAUUUGGUUGCUCUUCCUCCAAAUUGUCCAUUAUUUACAUAAAUGUUUUAUUUUUAUUGGUACCUUUUGAAAUGCUGAUGGACACAACAGACCCAAAUGAAGAGACCAUUUAGAACUUUGCUGUGGCACAUUAUGACUUUAAGCAGAGCUAUUACUCUUAUGCCUUAUUAGAACACUCCCUUUCUACAAAGCAAAUCAGGAUUUCCCUUUCCCUUUACAGCCAUGAAUGUGUUUAGGUGCUUUCACCCUCUUUCUCCCAUUACUGUAACUUGUCCUUGUCUUAUCAGUUCAACACAGUGUCUUCCUUGAACUACACCUCUUUGCUGUUUGAUGUCUGGUCCUUAAGAAGCUCAAGAAGAUGCCUUAGGCUUGUCCAUUAUUUAAUUCUCAAAAUAAUGUUUUGUUGUUGUUGUUGCUGUUGCUCUUACCAGAUUUAAGAAAUUUGACAACAGAGUCCUCAAGAAGAUUUUGUUACACAAGCACCAACCAAAAUCCAGCAUUGUCUCCCUGUACAAGAAACUGGAAAUAAAACAAGUCAUUGAGAUGGUAGAGCGUGGAGAGGUGAAGCCACCUUCUUCCAAAUCAUCUUCUUUGUGAGUAUCUUCUUUCAGCUCAGAUAAGUGGGAUAUGGAUGCGUACUUGAAAAUAAGGAUUGAGAGUAAGUUAGUUGCACUAAAGCCCCACUAAAAUUAAUGUGAAAAGCCCGAGAUGACUAACUUAAGCACUGCUGAUUUCAAUGAGACCUGAGGGCAACUUAUUUUCUUUGGAUCCAUACUCAUUACUUUGUGAUUCUGUGAUACAUAUAAAACGCAACUGAGAUUAGGUAGGAGCCAGAUUUGAUUUGGCCAGUCACCCCUUGAUGUAUGGUGGCUUCCUGUUUAUAUUACUAUCCUGUGUUAAGGAAUAAAUGCAAAUAACGAAACCUGAUGUUUUGGACUACAAUUCCCAUGAGCCCUAUGUCGACUGGAGCUGAUGGGAGUUGUAGUCCAAAAAACCUGGAAGGAACCAGGUGGGUGAAGCCUGACUUACAAGAUGCUGGAAUACAAUCACAGUAAGAGUAGAACAUUAGGAGAAAGUUACAGCCUGCUUUUAAAGAAACCAAGGAUGUUACCUCUGAAGCCAUUUUUCUCCGUGCAACUAUAAUACCUGCACGAACCUUACUAUUUAAAUACAAAAUGUAAUAAACAAGCAAAGUCUCUCAAUAAAAUAAACAUUUUAUUGAGUGGUUAACAGGUCUCCUUUGCUUUACCUAAAAACAGAUUUGUAUCAUAAGUUUACAGCACUGAAGCGCAAAUGUAAAAGGAAAUGGGUUUAUUAAACAGAAAGUUUCCUGCUUCUCCCUGAAGCAGAUAUGCUUGCCAUUAUCAAGUUGCUUGGUUAAUAGCUAACUUCAUGAAAAGAGUUUUCCAUUUUUAUAUUUGAGUUCUAGAUGUAUGACAAAUUGCUUUCAUAAUGUUUGCGGAGUUGCUCAUUGUUCACCUGAAACUAAGGUUAUUUUAAUUGAAACAUCUAGAGAACUAGAUUAGCUAACCAUUUACACACAAUUAGUUCUUCUAUGCACAAGUAGUCCUAACUCUGGACUAAGCCUGGAACAGAUUUGCAGCGAUAUAGUUAACUAGACAAUCCUGACCGUAUUCUACAGCAUUUCCCAAGGUCAUGACAGUUAGAAGAAGUGUCAGUGACAAUAAUUGCUAUGGGGUGUAUCCAGCGCUUUGUGGUUGUUGUGAAAAUGAGGCGUCGAAACUGUAUCUUGAUAAAAGUGCUGUGGGUGCCAGCACAAAAAAGAAAAGAUGAGGCUAUUGGGCUGCGCACCAGGGAUCACAACACAAAAAACACUGGAUGUAUCUGUGAUCUCUGAUUUUACAGUGUGCAUUAUGAAGGAAUUUGAGCUCAAGGACAGUUAGAACUGCUCUUGCUGUACAGAGAUGUCAUGAUGUGUGAACUGUCCCCUAGAGUAGAGCUGUUUUUGCAUGUCGGUGCAUCUGUAGGAACUGGGUACCUGUCUCUGCAAGUGACAGCUGUCGUGAUUCAGCUCCAGUUACAUUUGGAGAGUUUUCCAAGAUUUGUUGACUUGGUGAUCUUGGCACAUCUGUGCAAGUAUCAUAUGACUUGAAAGUGCACAAGACUCAAACUAAGCCAAUGGGGGAGAAAGGUGGGCUAUAAAGGAAAGAGACAAAAGAUAUUAACAUAAAGUCAAUAUCGCAAUGUGUUUUGAGACUUGCAGUGAUUUGCUUUCAUCCAACUGCUCUCACAUAAGACACUGGCCACAUGACUCAAAGGCGUUGUUACCUCAUUUUGGAGAAAAAAUGGGAUAGGGUGGUCGGAAUGGCAAGGGAACUUAAACCAGCAUUAAGGAAUAAGCCAUUACAGUGGUACCUUGGUUCUCAAACUUAAUCCGUUUUAGAAGUCCGUUCCAAAACCAAAGCGUUCCAAAACCAAGGCGCGCUUUCCCAUAGAAAGUAAUACAAAAUGGAUUAAUCCGUUCCAGACUUUUAAAAACAACCCCUAAAAUAGCAAUUUAACAUGAAUUUUACUAUCUAACGAGACCACUGAUCCAUAAAAUGAAAGCAAUAAAUAAUGUACCGUGGUACCUCGGGUUACAAACGCUUUGGGUUAUGCGUUUUCAGGUUGCGGACAGUGGGAAACUUCGAAGUACCAGAAAGGGUUACUUCCUGGUUUUGCUGCUCGUGCAUGCGCAUAAGCACCAAAUUGCGUCACACGCAUGUGCAGACGCGGCGCUGCAGGUUACGAAUGCUGCGGGUUGCGGAUGUGCCUCCAUCAUGGAUUACGUCCGCAACCUGAGGUUCCACUGUACUGCAGUCACACAAUCAAUCAAUCAGUUGCUGAACUGGGUUCCACACAGUCACCAAAACAAAAAGAGAGAGCUGCAAAAACAGAAGCACAAAAUAGACACUCAAAAUGGAAGUGUGGCAUCAGAAGCGUAGCCCUCAAACAUUCGGCUUCUGAAAAAAGUUUGCAAACCGGAACACUUACUUCCGGGUUUGCAGUGUUUGGGUUCCAAGUUGUUUGAGUACCAAGGCAUUUGAGAACCAAGGUACCACUGUACUAGGUUCAGGGUGAAGCAAUUUCCAAGAGCAGCAGCAGCAGCAGCAGCAGCAACAACAACCUCCUUUCCUUCCUUGCCCCCAGCCUUGGAAUGCUGGUUGGAAUGUGUGCAUGUAGCAAUGGCAUGAGCCAGAAAAAAACAAACAGAAAAAUGGGGUUGCCAGAGAUGGUUGCUGCAAUGACAUGUGAUCUCCAGUAUGCAGAUGGUUACUGCAGCUUCCAGACAGUUGAAGCGACAUGAGAAGAGUUCUGUAGAGACUGACCCCAUCGUGAUUUUAAAGAUAGGAAUAUACUGAGUCAGUCCUGCUGGUCCAUCAAGCUAAGCAUGACCUACCUGGACUGGCAGCAGAUCACCAGGGUUUCAGGCCAGGGAUGGCCACCUGUCAUGGAUGCUUUAGCUGAGAUUCCUGCAUUUCAGGGGGUUGGAAUAGAUGACCCUUGGGCGCCUUCCAACUCUACAGUUCUUUGAUUCUAUACUUAGCUAGUGGUGUCAGGGAUUAAACAGGGGACUUUCUGCUUGCAAAGUUUAUCUUUUACUCCUCAGCUACCGCCCAGUGGCUUACAGACAAUCUGUAAAUGUCCUCAUGAUAAGAUCCUUGGUAGCUCCCAGAAUGGGAGAAGCACCCUUUUCCUGGAGACAUCCUAGGAUCUGAAUCUGAAUUUCUAAAAGAACUGGAAGAUGCAUUUAUUUGGAUUAGCUCCUAACAGGCAGAGCCACACAGCUAUGGGGUAGUUGGAAUUCUAGUAGGUGGUACCUCAGGUUACGAACUUAAUUCGUUCUGGAGAUCCGUUCUUAACCCAAAACCAUUCUUAACUUAAGGUGUGCUUUUGUAAUGCGGCCUCCUGCUGACGCCACGUGAUUUCUGUUUUCAUCCUGGGACAAAGUUCGCAACCCGAGGUACUACUUCCGGGUUAGCAGAGUUUGUAACCUGAAGUGUUUGUAACUAUUCUGUUUUAUAGUUUUGAAGAUUUUUUUUAAUUGAAUAAGUUCAACUAACUUUAGUCCUUCAUUACUCAACUUCCGUCAGUUUUCGACAAAGCGACACUUUCUAUGUAGGUCAAAGACUAGAGAUUUUAUGUGGAUUUCUUAACUUCUUUUUUUACAAUUGUUUUAACUUGCUUUCCUUUUGGACUUGCGGACUGAAAUGCCAACAGCAAUAAAAUAGUGUGAAUGUAUGCACACUCAUUCAUGCACACAUUCACGCUACAAAGAGAUGGCUUGCUUCUUUGAUUUAUGAGUGAUCCUUUGCUAUCCCUUCUUGGCAAAACAGCCCGAGCGUAACUAAUACAUGCCAAUAUUAGUGUGUACAUACAACCGCUAUGCAGGAGUAACCGUUGGCCCUUUGACUUGGUCAUUCUAAUGUUUGCUUUCCUUCUCUGCAGGAGGUUUAGAAAUCGAAGGAUGCAGAGACUUUCGCCUGCAGAGGUGGAUUCCAUACAGAAUAUACUGGCUCACAAUCUGUAUCAAGUGAGGCAAAGGGUCCGUUUCCCUUUCUGGUAGCGUGCUUCAUAUCUAUAGAACAAAAGAUCAUGUUUGCACAGUCUUUGAAGCCUUAGCAACGGUCAGUGAGAGCAGAAAUGUUAGCGUUCCUGGUUGCAGCUGAGCCACGGGACAACAUUAUGGAAAAUAUAGAUUCAAACCUGCAGUUAAUACGUAGUUAAACAGUGGAAUUCUCUACUUCAGGGUGCAGUGGUGGUCUCCAAUAUGGAUGGCUUUAAAAGGGGAUUAGACAAAUUCACAGAAGGUUAGAUACAGUGGCUUAGUAUCUAUGAUAGCCACGUUGCUGGAAAUCACAAGUGGAGGGGAAAGGGUUGCACUCAGGUUUUAAUUUUUGGCUUUCCAUAGGCAUCUGGAUGGCCGCUAUGAGAACAGGAAUGCUAUUUCGGCUUUUGGCCUGAUCGUGCACCCAUCCUCUUAUGUUCCUAUGUACUUGUUUUGUGUGUUUGUGUUUCGCUAAGGCGAUGGUGUUUCCCACAAACUCGAUAUCUGCACUCACUGGGCUGUUUCCCCAAAACACAAAAGAAAAGAAAACCCCAUCCUUUCCUUUGCGAAUAUUUGUUUUUGAUUGCCAUCUACGCUGCCAGAUAGCAAGAGACUCCAGAGACCUGCACCAGGGGGCAGACAUUCCUUGCUUUAACAACGCAAAUAGUAAAAGUGUCUCUCUGGUUGUUUCUAAACAAGGGGGUAAUCGUCUGUCGCAGCACAAGUCAGCAAAGGCUCUUGUGGCAUUCUAUAGACUAGCAAAUUUAUUAGAGCAAAAGCUUCCAUGGACUAAAGACUAUCUUUGCAAAACAAUUUCCAGAGGGAUAGUUGCAGUAGUCUGUUGCGGCAAAACAGCAAGGAAUCUUGCGACACCUUGAAGACAAACAGUUUUGUAUUUUAAUGUCACAAGCUUUCACGGAUUAGUGGGCAGUAAUUCACGAAAGUAUAUGCCACCGUAAAUACAGCACCACAAGACUCUAUUGUUGCUUUAUUAAAUCUAGAGUUGCUUAAUACUGUUGUUACAUAACCAUAGCCCCUUUAGGCAGGGGUGGAAAAUCUCAGGCCUAGGGACCAAAUCAUAGAAUCAUAGAAUUUUAGAGUUGCAUGGAACCCAAAAUGUGGCCUUUCUGCCCAGCCCGCAAGACUCUUCCCCAAUGAUAGCCCUCCCCCAGACCACAACCCUUCACUGGCCCUCCUCUGUUCCCCCCUCAAGUACUUUUGACUGGUUUGUGUCCUUGAGUAUGGAGAGAUUGCAUGUAGCUCUCACUUCUGCAUAGCUGGAAUGCACUGUAAAAAAAAAAGUCAGAGUCACAUUUGUCAUUUUGUUCACUUGUUGUUGUUCACCCACCAUGGCCAUGUAGACUCCAAACAUUUGUCCACAAGAAAAAUGGUCUUCAGCUAAAACAUUGUUCCUACCCAUGGCAUACAGACUAUGUAAAUAAUAAUAAUAAUAAUAAUAAUAAUAAUAAUAAUAAUAAUUUGUACCCCACCCAUCUGGCUGGGUUUCCCCAGCCUCUCUGGGCGGCUUCCAACAAAGACCAAAAAUACACUAAAAUGUCACACAUUAAAAACUUCCCUGAACAGGGCUUCAGAUGUCUUCUGAAUGUCAGGUAGUUGUUUAUCUCUUUGACAUCUGAUGGGAGGGUGUUCCACAGGGCGGGCGCCACUACCGAGAAGGCCCUCUGCCUGGUUCCCUGUAGCUUUGCUUCUCGCAAUGAGGGAACCGCCAGAAGGCCCUUGGCGCUGGACCUCAGCGUCCAGGCAGAACGAUGGGGGUGGAGACGCUCCUUUAAAAAAUGUACAUUGUUUGAUCCAUGUUGGUGGAAAUGAAGGCAGGACGAAGUGCAUUGACUUGGGUAAAAACCCAAAAGUCACCUGCUCUCUCUAGAAAAUCACACGGAAAGAAUAUCGAGUUGUGAUUUGCUUGUUUUCAGACGCUGUCAUACAACAGGUACAGCCUUGCCGCAGACGCAAAUGAGGAGCAAGCCAAAGAAAUCCUCAUUCGUCGCCAGCAGAGCCUGAAGCAAACCGUGAGGAAAGGAUACAGCCUUCCUUGGGGAGGGCAGGUACGUCUUACAUAAGAGGUGGUGUUGGUGUGGAAUCGAGGUUUGCAAAUAUGUGCGGCCCAGGCACUCUCUUCCUCCCUAAGAGUAUCUAUUGUUUUACAAAGGUGCAUACACAACAAACAGCAAUGGCCAUGUGCCGCAGUCUCUAUGCGGGUUAGACAGCCAUAAGUAAAGAGGGUGAAAGCUAGAAACACAGCUGCUCAGGAAAGUAAAGCAGUAAAAAAGGUAGUUGCCAAGUUUUGUUGUUUAAAUAGAGAUGUGAGCAGGUCCCAGUAGAUAGACCUCCUUGACAUUUGUUUCCCCAAGCUGGAGGCUUUGGUUAUUGCCAAAAAUCUAUCUGCUGUAUUUAGGAUGGUCCAAUUUGCUUCCUUUAUUUGCAAGUAAAAAGGUAAAGGGACCCCUGACUGUUAGGUCCAGUUGUGGCCGACUCUGGGGUUGUGGCACUCAUCUCACUUUACUGGCCAAGGGAGCCGGCGUACAGCUUCCGGGUCAUGUGGCCAGCAUGACUAAGCCGCUUCUGGCAAACUAGAGCAGCGCACGGAAACGCCGUUUACCUUCCCGCCAGAGCGGCACAUAUUUAUCUACUUGCACUUUGACGUGCUUUUGAACUGCUAGGUUGGCAGGAGCUGGGACCGAGCAAUGGGAGCUCACCCCGUCGCAGAGAUUCGAACCACCAACCUUCUGAUCGGCAAGCCCUAGGCCCUGUGGUGCAAGUAUCUGCUUUAAUUACAGGUUCCAAAUAUUUUGGCAUUUGAGUACUUCACUCAGCCCAGUUUUACAGUGGGGUUAGUAGACUAGAGCUGUGGUAUAAAUUACAUAUGACAUGUAUACAUGCUUAUUUUGCCCACAGUAAUGCUGGCCAAAUUUUUCAAGCAUAACAAACAAAAUGAGCAUCAGUCUGAGUGAGCCUUAGGCUUGUAGACCCCUCCUUCCCUCCCUCCUAAUGCAUGCUGUAAGGGAUUGAAACAUCCACUCUCACUUUAAAAUAAAAGCUGCAGUUUCCUGUUAUGUUUGAGCCAUGAAAACUGUGGUUUAUUCUGAUGCUGGUUUGUUAAAACAAGCCAUGGCCGUCCCUGGGUCGGCUCAAACUACCAACCUUCUGAUUAACAGCAAGACACACUGCUCCAUUGUGCCACUGGGACCUUCUCAUUGUGCACAUUCACCAGGCCUCAUGCACAUAAGCUUUCCACAAAGAGGGAAUUAUGCAUAUUUCUUGGUCAAUAUGCAUAAUCUCCAGCAGACCUUGGGGAAUGUCCAUGUAUCAACUGAAUUUUAUGAGUUCUCCAGUUAUUAUGCAUAAUCCCAAACAGGCCUUGGGGAAUGUUCGUAUCUCCACUUUAUCUUGUACAUCCUCCAGCCAUUAUGUAUAAUUCCCCAAAGGGCCUAGGGCAAUGUGCAUAUCUUGACUGCAAUCUGUACAUACUCCAGGCAAUACAGUAGGCAUGUUCUCAGGGCACUAUGCAUAGUUUCUAAGAAACACACCCACUCCUUUUUUGUUCAUAAGAGUGUAAUCUGUGCUCCCUGGGCGUCUUCCCACAGCCUAUUCUCAUAUGGCCCACAGUAUGGCUUCUCACUGAUCAGCUAAGCAGCAGAAAAAAGGAGGGGGGGGGCUCCAAAUAAAGUGGUUUUCUGCCCUCCAGCCAUUUCACCACUCCCAGCUCUUCUUCAUUUAGCUGAGCAGCAUAAGGUGAACUGGAGGAACAGAAAAGUUAAAACAUCCCCACACCACCACCACCACCACCACCACCACCACACACACAAGUUUAAUAGUGGCAACAUUGGGUCCAUCAAAUUUGCAGUAUCAAAAAUAUUAUGUGAAAUUUGCCUCUGAUUCUGAAACAAAGUCCAGUUUUGAAACCUUAAUGCUGUAUCUGUGUAGUCCAUUGGAAUUUAUUUAGAGGAAAAAACAUCCUUGCCUGUAAAGUUGCCAGGACCAAGGUAAGAUAUUGUAGAGCCCUUUUGGGAAAUGUUUAGGGUAUUCAGUGUUCACUGGUUGUGAACUGCAACAAGGUACAAUCAUUUGCCAUUCCUUAGGAAGCUUCUUCUCUAGGAAGCUUCCUGAAGAUGCAAUUUAUAGAAUUUCCACUUCUCAAUCCUUUCAUCUGCUACAGGCAAGUUACUUCCCAUUCCUGUCUUCUCUUCUUGGAGGUCCCACUAAUUAUUUGCCCUGAUUUCAUCAAUACCAGGGCUAUAUUCCAACCUCUGAAAAGCUACUUCCCACAGGAAGCAUUAUUCUAAAAUAUGGGAUUCUAUGUUUUGCACCACCAUGAUAUUUUAUGUGCAUGGGCAGUAUAUAAAUACUUCUAUAGAUAAAAAUGACAUAAAUAAAUUUGAUAGCAUAAAGAACUACCUUGCAAGGUUUAGCAUGAGUUCCUUCUGUUAACUGCUGCCUUGUAAAGUGUGCUUUGAACUGAUGCUCUAGAUGUUUCAGGUUUGCUUAAGCUACUUUUUGAAGAUUUUUUUCCCAUUUACAAUAGAGCAAUACAUUAAUCACUCAUUUCAAAUGUAACCAUCAAUUCUCACUGACAUGCUUUUUCCCCAGAAUUACCAGAAUUCAAAUCUGUUGAAGGUAUAACACACGACACACUGCACAAUUGAAUCACCUUGUCUCACACUUAUUUGUCCAUAGGCUGCCAGCAGAAGUAUGCGUUACUUAUCUUUACCCUUUGGUAACACACAAGCAACCAGAAGAGAUGAUGAUGAUCUAACAGGUAAUUCUCUUUGAUCAAAAUAACACAGGAAAAAUGCCAAAUUGCUGCAAAUUCACACUAUUUAUGAAUUUGCAAAUAGCUAUAAAACACACAUUCCCGCUAAGUGGAAGUUGGAACAAAAGAUGGAUGAAACGGUGUCCACCAGAAUAUUUGUUUUCCGUUGGAGAGACACACUCAUCCUUUGCGAUGACAUUACUGUAAAGAUAUCACAAAGAAUAGUAAACAGGACUGAUUAUUUUUUGACUUAGUCCUUUAACCAAACAAGAUUGGAGAUAGGAAUGCCGGUGUUUGCAAAGGUGAGAAAAAUGCAGAAAACAACAGCGCCUUGUGCAAAAAGGAAGCAGUUGGGCUGGGCUCAAUUCUGUAGCAGGUGUUCCCCUGGUGUUGUACAUGUCACUUGGGGUGGUCCAGUACUUUUUUGGGGGUGCGCAGCUGCAGACUCCUUAUUCAUUUAUGGCAACUGUGGCCAUUACUGUCAUGGGGCAGUGUGUUUGACAGUGUCUAGUGCAAAACAAACAAAAACAAAACAGCAGUGGGCCGGGCUCAAAGCUAAGGCAUGUCUUAGGGGACAUUCUCCCAGUGGUGUGAAUGUUUUAUUUGUGGUGGCUCAGUGCUUAUUUUGUAGUGCACAGCUGCAGAUCCCUGGGACCAUCAUCCAUUAAUGUGCCUUGUGCAAAAACAAGACUUUUCAUUCCCGAGAAUAACGAUGCAUCUCAAAAGAAAAGUGUGCUAGUGGUUGAGAGUAUGUGGGGUAUUGCAAUUAAUAUUUUGUAAUAAUAAUAAUAAUAAUAUAAUAAUAAUAAUAAUAUAUUAUUGAUACCCCGCCCAUCUGGCUGGGUUUCCCCAGACACUUUGGGUGGGCUUCCAAUAAAAUAUUAAAAAUCAGUCACUAAAAACUUCCUGAUACAGUGGUACCUCGGGUUACAAAUGCUUCAGGUUACAUACGCUUCAGGUUGCAGACUCCGCUAACCCAGAAAUAGUACCUCGGGUUCAGAACUUUGCUUCAGGAUGAGAACAGAAAUCGUGCUGCGGCAGCAGCAGGAGGCCCAAUUAGCUAAAGUGGUGCUUCAGGUUAAGAACAGUUUCAGGUUAAGAACAGACCUCUGGAACGAAUUAAGUACUUAACCCGAGGUACCACUGUACAGGGCUGCCUUCAGGUGUCUUCCAAAAGUCAGAUAGUUGUUUAUUUCCUUGACGUCUGAUAGGAGGGCCACUACCGAGAAGGCCCUCUGCCUGGUUUCCUGUAACUUCACUUCUCACAGUGAGAGAACCACCAGAAGGCCCUCAGCACUGGACCUCAGUGUCUGGGCUGAACGAUGGAGGUGGAGACACUCCUGUAGGAUCUAAGAAACUAUUUAAGCCAUAUGCAAAUCCUGGCUCUUGCGCUAUGUCUGAAAGUGUCUUCAGCCUUUUCAGACAAGAACCCACACAUACACAUCUUAACGAACUAACUUUUUUUUUUUUUAGUCACAUACGGAAUGUAUGGUUGCAGUGCUGAUGGUGUGGCCAACUUUAGAGUAGGUUGUGACACCAUCUAUAAGACUGUAUCUAAUAUGCUCCCCCAAUGAACUCAUUUUUUUUAUAAUUAAUAGUUCAAAGCAUGAUUUGGAAAAAGAGAGGUAUAAGUAUAAGUAGCCACAAAUGCUUUCAAGCCCUAAAGCACCCAAUGUGUGCCAAAGGGUCUGUGCUUCUUUAUGGGACUGUAUUAUGAUCAUAUGAUGCUGAUGAAAGACUUGCCCUCUGCAACCUAAGGCUUAUCGAAGGCCCCUGAAACUAAAAUUCUUUGGUCUUGGGUCAUUUGAACCCUGGUGCCCCGAAACCCAUCCUGUUUUUCGAUACAGGAUAAUUAGAGACUUGCCUAACUUGGAUUUUUUUGGUCUUGCAUCAUUUAGCCAUGCCAAAAAUAGUGAGCAGAAAUUGCAACAUAAAAGAAUAUAGGUGGCAAUGGAGCCAUGUGAGCUGUGUAGCCACAGGAAAGGGGGUUGAAGAUCUGGUGAACUAAAAGAAAAAUGCUGAGGUGGGUGUUGGUGAGAUAAUUUGGAGGAGAGAAGGAUAAGUGAAGGCAGGGGCAGAAAGGGGAGCAUGGUGGAUAAGUUGGGCUGACAUUGCUCAUAAAGUACAUGCUCAUAGGCAGUGCUUUUUUCUGGGGGAGUGCAGGGGUACACAUAUACCCCUAAACCUUUUGUGAAUCUUUGUACUUUUGUCCAUUUACUGUAUUUAUUUUCCCCGAUUUGAACUAUAAAAUGGUGAUUUUGCUGAGUCAAAAUGAGAGUACCCCUAAAUAUAUUUUUUUAGAAAAAAAGCACUGCUCAUAGGAAUGGGAAUGGCAUUAGAAAAAUCAGGCGAAGAAGACAUCAAGUAGUCUAGAAACAGUUCUGAUUUUUGUACAGUGAAUAUGCUUUUCCCCAGUCAUGAGGGCUAAAGCCUUGCAGGUCUAAAACCCAGGCCUUGCCUUUGCAUAAUCUAUGAAAUGGCCUUAAUUCUCCAAAUAUUGACCUUGACCUACCCAGAUUUGCAGAAGAUGUACAUCUCUAACAAUUCAAUCCUUUGCAUGUUGGCUUAAGUCCCACUAGGUUCAAUGAAAUGUACUCCUAGGCGGUGCUCUUUUGAGGGGGAGCAAAAAAAACGAGGCGCAGGUACUUGUAUCAUGAUAGAAGUGCUGUGAGUGUCAGCACAAAAUGGCUGCCAGGAGCAGCCAAAAAGAACAAGAGAUUAUGUACUGGUGAGAACCACCACAAAACAGCACUGCUUCUAGGGAUGGAUCUAGACACAUCAAAGAAGAGUUUCAGUUAAACACAUUGUAAACUUAAACAGGGGAAACAGGUAGAGAAAAAUGGGACUCCACAGUGCCUUCUGGUAGCACAAUGUUAUAUUGCAUAUACAACGUAUACAAAUCGCUUUUUCUUUACCAAUCUAGCUGAGUCCUAGUUAAGCAUGUAUAGGAUUGCAGUGCAAGCACAGCACGUUGAGCAAAUGCCCUCAGAGAGAACAAGUUUCCAUAUGACGCUGUGUUAUGUCCAUUUAUCAACAAUCUCUUUGUGUCUGAAAGGAGAAGGAGGUGCAGAAGGAGGCUGAACCCCACUGAUAUUAUUCACUUGUUUCUGAAUCCAGGGGAGUGUAGCAGCGACUCCGAGUCUGUGUUCAUCAGGCUCCAUUCAGAACCUCGACCAGGUUCGCAGCGAAGAAAGUGGCAACAGCGGGAAUCACUUCAGAUGAAGCAGCUGCAUUCAAGAUUCGAGCCAGCAGGUUUUAAAGGUCAGAGAAGAAGAACAAAUGAAUGGGUUGAAAAAGCCAGAAUACAAAGGCCACUGUUAGGGUUGAAACCUCAGCUUACUGCAGUGCUUGAAACCGAUAUUAUUCAGGAACUUGAGUCAGAGGACGAGGGGAACAGGGCAUCGAUACCAUCAGAUGGUACAGCAGAACCCAAAGGUGAUUUUUGUGGGCGAAAAAGCCACUUUACUAGAAGAAAAGAGUGAUUCUUCUUCUUCAUGGAGCAUAACUGCUGUUUGAGCACUGGCGUGAUUUGUUUCGGAAUUUGAUUUAAAAAACACACCCUCUGAACUCAUCCUGAUUCCAGCUUAACGGAUGGAAGAGGUCGAUGCAUAACGAAAUGUGUGAGACCUGAUUGGCAACAAGGUAUACAUUGCCAGCGCUGAAAUCUGCAGCAAGUUUUGGCUGUUCAUGCGGAAGUCUCAUUAUAAAAUUAAUUUGCGUUUCCACUCUUGGAGGUGGGAAAACCUAGCUGUUGGAAUUGUCCACAAUGAACAGAGAAAGCUGGAUAGGCGGUGUUAACUGAAGUAUUGGCAAGGGUUUCAGUAAUGCAAAUAAUCACUGGGAGUUGGCUUUAGGUGUGAUUCUGCACACAGUGCUAUGAAAUGGGCUUGGUCACGGGCUCAGGGCCUUUUCCUCGGGGAAAGGUAGGGAAGAAGUGCAGUGGGGCAAGAAAGAGCUGUGUCUUGACAGCUGGGUGGUACCCAAAGAAGCAGGAGGGCCAGAAGGCAAGUGGGAUGGCCAGAAAAAUGAGACAGGCAGGUUGAAGGGGGCUGCCAAUUCAUCACUCCCAUUCACCUGCAAAAAUGGUCUCAUUCUACCUCAAGGUUGGUUCAAGCACAAUGAUUUGCCUGUGCAAGCAAUUGCAUGCUACUGGCUGCCCUGUAAAGAAUACAGCACGCACAGGCCUUACUUUGGAGGUCACGAGGAUAGAGGGGCACCUCAGCUUUUGCGACCUGAUUCUGAUAUGAAUGAAUGAAUUUAUUUAUUAUUUCAGUCGCAGACCAGUUCCAGCCCACAUACAAUAUCAAGGAAGUCAUAAAACACGAUAGGGAUACAUUUGAAUUUGCAAUUAGGUAUAACAGGGACAAUACAGAUAUAGCAACAGUUAUAUAUAUAUAUAUAUAUAUAUAUAUAUAUAUAUUAAAACUUAGUCACUAACAUAUAACCUAAAAUUAUCAUUUAAGGCCUUAAUCAUUAUGACAGCACAGCUUGUUCCCUAAGUUUUAUGGCAAUCGCACAGAAUUUGGCUACCCUUAAUGUGAUCUCAGGAUCCUUGUCCUCUUCCAGGGAUUUUAGACAUUGAAGUCUGGAUUCGUUUGGAGAUUUUUGCAUAGCAGGGGUAAUAAAUACCAAGUGUAUAUCCCUGUAGAAACGGCAGCAUAACAAGGCAUGAGAGACAGUUUCUACCUCCAUCAAGCAGCAGGGGCAGACUUGUUCUGCGUAUGGUUUACCCUCAAAUCUACCCUGCAAUGAGGCAGAUGGAUGAUUCUGAUACAGUGGUACCUCAGGUUACAGACGCUUCAGGUUACAAAUGCUUCAGGUUACAUACUCCGCUAACCCAGAAAUAGUGCUUCAGGUUAAGAACUUUGCUUCAGAUUGAGAACAGAAAUCGUGCUCCAGCAGCACGGCAGCAGCAGAAGGCCCCAUUAGCUAAAGUGGUGCUUCAGGUUAAGAAUAGUUUCAGGUUAAGUACGGACCUCUGGAACGAAUUAAGUACUUAACCCGAGGUACCACUGUAUAUCUUUUUCACAUCACGGAGGCCCACUUAUAGGUCUGUUUGCAUACCCUCCUAGUCUCCCUGUUUUCCAGAGCAACAGUACCGGAAUUACGAAAGCCACCCCGGCUUCUGAUUUGAUCCCGGAAUGUCCCUAUUUCCUCCACCGGUGCCACCACCACUGAGCUCGGGGAGGAGGAUGAGUCAACACUUUUCCUGAGCAAUGGCAGCAGUGGCAGCAGCAGUGGCAGCUGCGAGGGAGCACCCUGUAGCCUCUGCAUGGUCUCUCCAUGGCCUCUGCUGCUGGUCUCUUCUUUCGGGCAGCUUGUAGCGGCUGUUGGAGAGCGGGCGAGGAGGAGAGGCUGCCUCACCAAAGCCCUGCCCCAUGUGAUGUGCGGGCUCUGAGGGGUAGGCCGAGGGCAGAGCCGUCCUGGGUGGGAAGAAAGAGCAGAGCAUAAGGAGUCUUGAUUUUUAUUUUUAUUUUUUAAGCUAUGUGGGUCUGCAUCUAUUCUUGCUCCUUUCUAAAACAUAUUUAUUGGUGUGUUUCUCUUUUUGUAAAUUGACCAAAGAAUAAAAUAAAAUAACAUUGAGAUUCAGGGUUUUUCUCAGGGCGGUGGAGGGCGUGUGCGCUGUCUCCUGUUGCCGUAGAGGUGUUGGCACUCACCAUUCUUCUUAUAGGAAAUGCUCUGUGGGAGUGGGGACAAAUAAAAAUGGUGCGUGUGUGUCAAGGAAUGAGUGAAAAAUGUCCGUAUUUUCACCUGAGGAAUGUUGGAGGGUAUGUGUUCUUGUGAAUUUAUCCAUUUUUGUUGAACUUAUUUCACUUGUACCUAAUGAUUUGUGUAGCCCUUAAGCCAUAUUUUUUCAGUGGGGCUUUUUGCAAAAAAGAAGAAGGAGAAACCCUCAAGUAGAACCUUGGCAAUUUGCAGUCUAUCUGCCUACCCCUGCUUUGCAGAACGGUUAGUGUAAUUGUUAAUUGUUAAUCAUGCAUUCAAAUUAGACUCACACCCGUUGUGCAAAUCAUGGAUUAACUAUUCAUUGUUGCUUAGUGUGGCUGUACACAUACUUCAGACCUGCCUCUCAGAGGCAAACCACACAUUUUGAAUGAUUUCAGGGGCAUAUGCCAGCCAGAGGUUUUGGCCAGACUACAGUAUGAAGCAUAACUCAUAGUCAGGUCAAGUCAGGUGUUCUGUUAAGUUACUUCUUGUUCAGUCUAUGCCUGGAAUUCAAUCCGAUUGUAUCACGGAAGUCAUGAUAUGUGGAGCGGUUUCUUAUGGUUGGUUCAUUAUGCUAACAGCAGCAGCAGUGUGCAAGUUUUAAAAUCAAGGGUGAUUUGCUCAGGCAGAUACGGGAACCCUACACAGCCUUUGAGAACCACUGGGUCAAAUUCAGAAAUGGAUUCCAAGAUUGGCGCCAGCAACCAAAUAAAUAUUCCAACAUCCCACCUCAAAAGUGAGAAGGGAUUCUGGCAUUUGGAGAGUAUGCUGGGACUUAACCUCAUUCUAAAUGAAAAGGUGACGAAAGAGAAGGGGGAGCCAGUGCUGAUACUCGUUGCUCCAAAACAUUCAGUAUACUGAGCAGCUUUGUAAUCAGAAGAUUUGGACUCUCAGCUUUAGAAACGCUGGAAAUCAAGAGCGCCCAGUGGCCUAACACCUUGCUUUCUGCUGAGACAUUUUUUCCUGAUCCUUAAUUGCAAAUGAAACUUUUCAGUCAGUUUCACCCGUGUAAAGUUUCAAGAGUCAACACUGUGUCUUGUUUAUUGUGGCCCAUCCUUCUCACAGAACACUUUGUUUCUUUCAAAUAGAAACAGGUGGGUGGGGAGAUGAUUUUGGAGCAGUGUGUCAAGGUCAGUAGCAAUAUAUAAUUCUUUUGUCCCUGUAUAAAUUCGCACCAACUGUAACUGAUUCCGUAAAUAUUGCUAAGUGCUUUGCAAGUGGCCAAGCUGCUUUGGAUUACCAAUUUAGUAAGUAAAAGUUAUUUAUCAGAAUUAUUAUCAUAUGUAGAGUUAUACAAUGUGUCCCCUCUGACCCUGUUUUGUUCAGACUUCUUUUUUUGUACUGAUACUUGUGACGUAUAAACCUCGCAAUU